CGUAGUCAACUAGUCAACUCCUUUUUCCCUUUGAAUUUCAUACCGUAAUUGAAAUAGGGCAAGAAAAAAAAAUCAAAGUAUUACGGUUUGUUCCUAAUUCUUCUCUCUUUUUCAUCAAACCUAGGGUUUCAAAGCACAGGCGAUCGGCCCUUUCUCGUCCGAUUCCGACUUCGGCGUGCAAUAACAACGAUGCUUCCCCUUUCACUUCUAAAGACCGCUCAAGGGCAUCCCAUGUUGGUGGAGCUGAAGAAUGGGGAGACUUACAAUGGGCACUUGGUGAAUUGCGACACGUGGAUGAACAUUCAUCUCCGUGAAGUUAUUUGUACUUCAAAGGAUGGAGAUAGGUUUUGGAGGAUGCCUGAGUGUUACAUUCGUGGGAAUACGAUCAAGUACCUUCGAGUUCCUGAUGAGGUGAUUGACAAGGUUCAAGAAGAAGCUAAGAACCGUACAGAUAGGAAACCACCUGGUGUGGGUCGGGGAAGGGGAAGAGGCAGAGAAGAUGGAG